AAACAAUCCUGACCUAGCAACUAUUGCAAGCAGGGAACUCUUCAAUUGUCUUGUUGGUUCCUUCAUUCGUCACGGAUUCACAGUUAUCAAUCAGCUCUCUAUCUCAUCCAACUCAUUUCUUCACUCUGAUUCUUGCCCCAAGCUGUAACUGUAACUGAUCCGCGGACCGUAAACCACAAGAGAGAAAUGGGAUCUGCUGGAGCCCUUAGGAACAUUGUUCGCUCUCUCUCAGUCGCAUCAUCAAGAGCUUUAUUGCCUCGAAUCUCCACCAAUGCUUCGAUGGCUCCAAUUUGUUUUGCUCUGCCAUCUCCCUGCAAACCUCCUCAACGGCUUCUUCCCCUUUGGAGUCACUUCCACAGCUUGACAGACACUCGCUUCCCCAAGAGACGACCCUCUGAAAGACCUCGUCGAAAGAGGGCCAGCUUGAGACCCUCUGGGCCUUAUGCUUGGGUUCAAUAUACACCUGGCCAACCGAUACUUCCGAACAAGCCUAAUGAAGGGAGUGUCAAAAGGAGAAAUGAGAAGAAACGCAUGAGGCAACGCCGUGCCUUUAUAUUGGCGGAAAGGAAGAAAAGGAAAGCUCAGCUGCAAGAGGCCAAUCGGAAGAAAAAUAUUCAGAGGGUAGAACGCAAAAUGGCUGCAGUUGCAAGGGAAAGGGAGUGGGCAGAAAGAUUGGCUGAGUUGCAGCGACUUGAGGAAGAGAAGAAAAAAUCUAUGGCUUGAAUUUGUUUAGGACCCUACCUGCAAUUGGUUAUACUGAUUAUGACCUCCUCUAACAACUGUUGUUACUUUAUUUUCAAUUUAUUUAGGACCCUACCUGCAGUUUUAAGCAUUUUUUUUUCCUGGAACAUGGAAGUUUGAAACUCCUCCGUACUUUCUCAAUACUAAAUUCCCUCCCCUGCCUAGAGAGAGUAAUGCUAAAUGCUUACCCUUUUUUCGAAGCAACAAAAAUGAAAGAAAUAAAAGAAACCGUCUGUCGUUAGAUCACUCUGCAUGUUAGCAAAUCUAACAGUCUAUAUUCAUGGGAGACUGUAUUCACCCCAAUUGUGGGUUUUGAUCCAUCUGAUAGAGGUUCAACGUUAGGCCCAAAGUAGGGUAGCACUCCAUACUGUCCGGUAAAUACUAAAUACUAUAAGGAAAGGAAAGGGUUAAUUAGGCAGAGACAAGGAGAAACCAUUGGGGGAGUUGGGAAUUAUGAGGAAUCUGUUGGGAAGAAUCAUGAGAAGAAGCCACGUUAGUAGAAGUGGUUUUGUUGUGAUCAACAGCAAUAUAAAGGAAGGUGGAAGGAAGGCAAAAGGGUAUCCUGGAUCUAUCAUCCUUUUUGGCAUGUGCUCGAGGCAAGUCUGACAUGCACGGAGUCUCUCCUGGUGAAUUCUUUCCUUGUUUUUGAAUCUAUUGUUCAAGUUCUAGUUAACUACUCAUCGUGGAACUUUCUUUGUUUAUAAGUAUCACCCCUUUGUAGGGAUUGUUAAUAAAUAACAGCAGAAAUUUUAUCCCAGCUCUA